AUGGAGUCGUCUAAGCUUCUCAUUGCCCUUUUCGUUUUCCAAGUUUUCUUCCCUUGCCAUAUGUCAAUCCAAGCAGCUCCCGAGAACUCGGACCUUUUCCGAGAAUACAUAGGAGCUGAAUUCAACAACGUUAAAUUCACUGAUGUUCCCAUUGAUUCAAACGUUGAAUUCCACUUCAUUCUUUCAUUUGCCAUAGACUAUGACAGCACCUCAGGUUCUCCUUCUCCAACAAAUGGGAAGUUCAAUGUCUUUUGGGACUCUGAUAACCUCAGUCCUUCCCAAGUUUCUUCCAUCAAGAGCACCCAUUCAAAUAUUAAAGUAGCUUUGAGCUUAGGAGGGGACAGUGUGGGAGAUAGCUAUGCUUACUUCGACCCUUCCUCUGUAGAUUCUUGGGUUUCUAAUGCAGUUUCUUCACUCACAGAUAUCAUCCAAGAGUACCACUUGGAUGGGAUUGAUAUUGACUAUGAGCACUUCAAUGCUGACCCUGACACCUUCGCUGAGUGCAUUGGGAAACUCGUAAAAACCCUCAAGGAUAAUGGAGUGAUCUCUUUCGCUUCCAUAGCUCCAUUUGACGAUGAUGAUGUUCAAAGUCAUUACAAGGCCUUGUGGCAAAGCUAUGGUGACCUCAUAGACUAUGUCAACUUCCAGUUUUACGCCUAUGAUCAAGGAACAACGGUCUCUCAGUUCAUCAGUUACUUCAACACCCAAAGCUCUAACUAUAAUGGUGGUAAGGUUUUAGCCAGCUUUAUAAGCGACGGCAGCGGUGGCUUGACACCGGAAAACGGCUUCUUUACUGCCUGCAGUAGGCUGAGGAGUGAGAACAAACUCCAUGGGAUAUUUGUUUGGUCUGCAGAUGACUCUAAGAGAAAUGGUUUCCGCUAUGAAAAGCAAUCACAAGCUCUACUCGCAAUGUCCCACUAGUAUUUCUCUGUUAUCUAACGCACU